CCAAAGUCCACUUUCUUAUCUUGUUGCAUCUCUUUUGCAUGUGGCGACGCAGCGCCUCGUUCCCCGCAGUGGUGGCGACGGCGGUGAAUUCCCGUCCACAGCUCCUCAAAUCCGUCCGCAUCUUCAGCAGCCAGAGUGCCCUCGCUCCAUGGGAAACUUGGAGAGCAGCUAUAUUAUCUACAGGCGAAUCGGAAUUCCUGAAGUCAUUCCAACUGCCCAGGGAUCGCGCGUCGUUGGCACAUCUCAUGCGUACCGUCGCAACGACCAAGGAGCGCAAUGGAGACUUUGUUCCCCGCGUGAUCAUCAAGAGCAUCGCCGCGUCAUACAAGUCACUCGAUUUUGACUCGAAGCAGGUGUUUCUGUUGACGCUGGCGCGCGAUUUGCACGUGGAUGCCUCUUCCGUGCAGCAAGCAUUGUCGUCGUGCGCAGCAAGUUUGUCCAACGUGAUGGGGCCAGACUCGACUGCCGUCGACUGGGACCACGAGCAAGUGGACAAGUAUCUUCGGUCGAUUCGCGCAUUGCGGGAGAAUUUGGUGCCUCUUUACGUACUCUUGUUUCGACAAAUGCUCUCGCAGCUGGACGGCGGGAUGCUCUUCCUCGUACAGCUACGUGCGGAUCUUCGCCAAGUAAUGGGAAAGACGAAUCCGUCGAAAGACGUUGCCGUGCUCCGCGCCCUGGACCACCACUUGCAAUCGUUUCUGGCGUCCUGGUUCAGUGUGGGGUUCCUGCGCCUCGAGCGAGUCACGUACGACCAUUCCCCCGGCGCCCUCCUCGAGAAGAUCAUCCGGUACGAAGCAGUCCAUCCCGUCGGCACAAUCAUCGAGCUCAAGCGCCGCCUCGGCCACGGCCGCCGCUGCUUUGCCUUCUUCCAUCCAAGUGUCCCCGACGAGCCCCUCGUGUUUGUACACGUGGCCCUCGUGCCAGAGCUGGCCGACAGCAUGGCUUACAUCAAGGACGCGACGGAACAGUUGCAAGACGAGCACGACGCGAAUGCCUCCAUCUUUUACUCGAUUUCGUCGACGCAGCCGGGACUCCAGGGAGUGGACCUGGGCAACUUUUUGAUCAAGCAAGUGGCCAAGCGCUUGCAAGAGGACCUUCCCAACAUUUCGAUCUACUCGACGCUCAGUCCCAUCCCUGGCUUCACCGCCUGGCUGCAUCAAACGGGCCAUUCCCACGUGACAGACGCUGACAUGGCGCAAUUAAAAAGGGUACUGGGAGACGACGAUGACGCGGAUUCGAACGAAGUGCUGAAGAGAGUGCUUGCAUUGCCGGAGUGGCACUUGGACGAGAAAGUCGUUGCAGCGGUGAAGCCAAUUCUCAUGCGUCUAGGGGCGCACUACGUCUAUCGCGAGAAGAAACGUGGGAAAGCGUUAUGUCCUGUGGCCAACUUCCACGUGCGGAACGGAGCAAUCUUCGAGCGAUUGAACUGGCUUGGCGAUGUCUCCCCCAAGGUACUUGGUGGUUGGUGCUCCGUUGUCAUGACAUCGUCGGCAGGGCCUCAAGAACAGUGCCGGUCUGAUGGUAAAUUACAAGUACGAGCUGAGCCAAGUGGAAGCCAACAACGAGCACUACCUUCUCCACAACACGAUCCCCAUCGGCGCCCAGCCCGCGUCGCUCCUUCUGUAGGCGCUCCUUGCGCUCGACCACUCGCUCGUCCGCUCGCACUUGAUAAAUGCUAAAGAUUCGUUGGGA